AGAGGCGCCCGGGCUAGAGGGGGGUGCAGGGGACCCGUGCGCCGCCGCCGCCGCCACCGAGCGUCCCCCGCGCGCCCGCCGCAGCCCCGCACCCCGCGCCCCGCGCCCCGCGUCCAGCACCAUGCGCGAGAUCGUCCAUCUGCAGGCCGGCCAGUGCGGCAACCAGAUCGGGGCCAAGUUCUGGGAGGUGAUCAGUGACGAGCACGGCAUCGACCCCACCGGCACCUACCAUGGGGACAGCGACUUGCAGCUGGAGAGAAUCAACGUGUACUACAAUGAGGCCACGGGAGGAAAUUAUGUCCCCAGAGCGGUGCUGGUGGACCUGGAACCGGGCACCAUGGACUCCGUGCGCUCGGGCCCCUUCGGCCAGAUCUUUCGGCCUGAUAACUUUGUGUUUGGCCAGUCUGGAGCGGGUAACAACUGGGCCAAGGGCCACUACACGGAGGGCGCGGAGCUGGUGGACGCCGUCCUGGACGUGGUGAGAAAGGAGGCCGAGAGCUGCGACUGCCUGCAGGGCUUCCAGCUGACCCACUCGCUGGGCGGGGGCACGGGCUCGGGCAUGGGCACCCUGCUCAUCAGCAAGAUCCGCGAGGAGUUCCCCGACCGCAUCAUGAACACCUUCAGCGUGGUGCCGUCGCCCAAGGUGUCGGACACGGUGGUGGAGCCCUACAACGCCACCCUGUCGGUGCACCAGCUGGUGGAGAACACGGACGAGACGUACUGCAUCGACAACGAGGCGCUCUACGACAUCUGCUUCCGCACCCUCAAGCUCACCACGCCCACCUACGGCGACCUCAACCACCUGGUGUCGGCCACCAUGAGCGGCGUGACCACCUGCCUGCGCUUCCCCGGCCAGCUCAACGCCGACCUGCGCAAGCUGGCCGUGAACAUGGUGCCCUUCCCGCGCCUGCACUUCUUCAUGCCGGGCUUCGCGCCCCUGACCAGCCGGGGCAGCCAGCAGUACCGCGCCCUGACGGUGCCAGAACUGACCCAGCAGAUGUUCGACGCCAAGAACAUGAUGGCCGCGUGCGACCCGCGCCACGGCCGCUACCUAACGGUGGCCGCCGUCUUCCGCGGCCGCAUGUCCAUGAAGGAGGUGGACGAGCAGAUGCUGAGCGUGCAGAGCAAGAACAGCAGCUACUUCGUCGAGUGGAUCCCCAACAAUGUGAAGACAGCCGUGUGCGACAUCCCCCCGCGGGGGCUGAAGAUGGCAGCCACCUUCAUCGGCAACAGCACGGCCAUCCAGGAGCUGUUCAAGCGCAUUUCGGAGCAGUUCACGGCCAUGUUCCGCCGCAAGGCCUUCCUGCACUGGUACACGGGCGAGGGCAUGGACGAGAUGGAGUUCACCGAGGCCGAGAGCAACAUGAACGACCUGGUGUCCGAGUACCAGCAGUACCAGGACGCCACGGCCGAGGAGGGCGAGUUCGAGGAGGAGGCCGAGGAGGAGGUGGCUUAGAGGGGAGAGGGGGCUGCCUCCCAGACCCCCCCUGCACUGCACCCCCCACUGGCCUUCCCCAUGGCUCAGACGCGCCCCCCCCACACACACUCGGAAGCUGCUGAGUCCCCUCUUGAAUUCCCCAUGCACUGGCCUCUGUGAUCCAACCCGCACCCCCAGAAUAGGAGACACCCCCUCCCCCCCAUUUCCUUCCCAGUCCCCCGCCUCCGGGCCUUCCUUCAUUGCCCACCUGGCUUGGCCUCGCUCUCGGCCACCCUGAGCUCCUCUCCCCGCACCCCGCAACGCGUGUUUGAUCCCCAUGGAUAGAUGCUUUAGGUAGGAAACCGCCUCCUCCUCUGCUUUGCCCCCUAAUAAAUGCAUCGCUGCCCCGUG